GACCCUCACUUCCUCACCAUUUUUAAGAAAGCUCUGAUAAACUUCCAUACAAAGCCAAAUCCAUUUCUCUCUCUUUCUUUUUCUUUCUCUCUGUAUAUAAAAAUAACCAAAACUUUUGGUCAGGCUUCUGCAGAAAACUCUGUUUUCAACAUAUAUUUAUUUAUUGUGCUUUGAUUUGGGACAAAUGAGGGGUUUACCUGGGCAUGAACGCCGGUGGACGUCGGAUACGGUAUCUUCCGGCAAGGAUUUAAGUGGUGAGUCAUCGCCGGGAACUGAUUCCGGGAAUAUUUCCGGUUUUGUUUCCGAGGAGUUUGUUGAAGUUAUACUUGAUCUUCAGGAUGAUGAUACGAUUAUUCUACGGAGCGUUGAACCGGCGACUGUAAUCAACAUUGAUGCUUCUGAUCCUGCUACCGGAGUCGGUAUUGGUGGAGUAUCGAUUGAAACGCCGGCGUCGGUGACAUCGACGUCGGAAACUCGAUCGCCGACGAUGCGUCGGAGUACAUCGAAUAAAUUACGUCAGUUUUCACAGGAGUUGAAAGCUGAGGCUGUCGCGAAAGCGAAGCAUUUCUCGCAAGAGCUUAAAGCGGAGCUAAGGAGAUUCUCAUGGAGCCAUGGACAUGCGUCCCGCACUUUUUCGCCGGCGUCGUUUUUCCAAAACGCCGUCGUCGGUACAGGCAACGGUGUAGAUUCGGCUUUAGCAGCUCGAGCAUUACGACGGCAACGCGCUCAGCUCGAUCGGACUCGUUCCAGCGCUCACAAGGCUCUUCGUGGACUCAAAUUCAUCAGCAAUAACAAAACUAACGGAUGGAAUGAAGUUGAAAACAAUUUCGCUAAGCUCGCUAAAGACGGUUACCUUUAUCGCUCCGAUUUCGCACAAUGCAUCGGUAUGAAGGAUUCGAAGGAAUUUGCAUUGGAAUUGUUUGAUGCUUUGAGUAGAAGAAGAAGAUUGAAGGUUGAUAAGAUCAGCAAGGAGGAAUUGUAUGAGUAUUGGUCUCAAAUCACCGAUCAGAGUUUCGAUUCUCGGCUUCAGAUCUUCUUCGACAUGGUGGACAAGAAUGAAGAUGGUCGAAUUGGUGAAGAAGAAGUAAAAGAGAUCAUCAUGCUAAGUGCCUCUGCAAACAAAUUAUCAAGAUUAAAAGAACAAGCAGAGGAGUAUGCAGCUCUGAUCAUGGAAGAAUUAGAUCCUGAAAGACUUGGCUACAUUGAGCUAUGGCAGCUGGAAACACUUCUCCUCCAAAAGGACACUUACCUCAACUACAGUCAAGCACUAAGCUACACAAGCCAAGCUUUGAGCCAAAACCUGCAAGGGUUGAGGAAGAGAAGCCCAAUAAGAAGAAUAAGCACAAAACUUGUCUAUUCACUGCAAGAGAAUUGGAAGAGAAUUUGGGUUCUGGUCUUGUGGAUUUUGAUAAUGAUUGGGCUUUUUCUUUGGAAGUUCUAUCAGUACAAAAAGAAAAGUGCAUUUCAAGUUAUGGGUUAUUGCCUUCUAACAGCUAAAGGUGCUGCUGAGACUCUGAAGUUCAACAUGGCUUUGAUAUUGCUGCCAGUUUGCAGGAACACCAUUACAUUCCUCAGGUCUACUAAAUUGAGCUGUUUUGUACCCUUUGAUGACAACAUCAACUUCCACAAGACUGUUGCUGCAGCCAUUGUUACUGGUAUCAUACUCCAUGCCGGUAAUCAUCUUGUAUGUGAUUUCCCAAAGCUUAUACAUGCAAAUAAUACGAAUUAUCAGAAAUAUUUGGUGAAUGAUUUUGGCCCAAGCCAGCCUCAGUACAUAGAUCUUGUUAAAGGAGUGGAGGGUGUGACAGGAAUAUUAAUGGUAAUCCUCAUGGCCAUUGCUUUCACUCUUGCAACGCGAUGGUUUAGGCGGAGCCUCAUUAAGUUUCCCAAACCUUUUGAUAGACUCACUGGUUUCAAUGCGUUCUGGUACUCGCACCACCUUCUCAUCAUUGUCUACAUCGUACUGAUCAUCCAUGGCACAUUCCUCUACCUUGUGCAUAACUGGUACUCCAAAACGACAUGGAUGUAUCUAGCAGUUCCUGUACUUCUCUACUCAGGGGAAAGAACUCUUAGAUUCUUCCGAUCAGGCUUAUAUACAGUCCGGCUUCUAAAAGUAGCAAUAUAUCCUGGAAAUGUCCUUACUCUGCAAAUGUCUAAGCCUCCGCAAUUUCGAUACAAGAGUGGACAAUAUAUGUUUGUCCAGUGUCCAGCUGUUUCUCCAUUCGAGUGGCAUCCAUUUUCCAUUACUUCAGCUCCUGGGGAUGACUACUUGAGCAUUCAUAUCCGACAACUUGGUGACUGGACUCAAGAACUCAAGCGGGUGUUUUCCGAGGCUUGCGAGCAGCCAGAGGCUGGAAAGAGUGGCCUGCUCAGAGCUGACGAAAACACCAAAACAAGUUUGCCAAAGCUAUUGAUAGAUGGACCUUAUGGAGCUCCAGCACAAGAUUACCGAAAGUAUGAUGUCUUACUGCUUGUUGGUCUUGGCAUUGGAGCAACUCCCUUUAUAAGUAUCCUGAAAGACUUGCUCAAAAACAUCGUCACAAUGGAGGAGCAAGCAGAUUCAGUCUCGGAUUUCAGUGGGAACUCAGACAUGAGCGCUGCAACAAGUGAACAACCAGCUCUCAACAAGAUUUCUCCAAAAAAGAGAAAGAGUACUCUAAAAACCACAAAUGCAUAUUUUUAUUGGGUGACCCGGGAGCAAGGAUCAUUUGAUUGGUUCAAAGGUGUUAUGAACGAAGUGGCUGAACUUGAUCAAAGGGGGGUCAUCGAGAUGCAUAACUACUUAACGAGUGUUUAUGAGGAAGGGGAUGCACGUUCAGCUCUCAUUACCAUGGUCCAGGCGCUUAACCAUGCUAAGAAUGGGGUUGAUAUUGUAUCAGGCACCAGUGUGAGGACACAUUUCGCCAGACCGAAUUGGAGGAAAGUAUUUUCCAAGACCUUAACCAAGCAUGCAAAUGCAAGAAUAGGAGUUUUCUACUGCGGUGCACCCAUAUUAGCUAAAGAACUCAGCAAACUCUGCAAAGAGUUUAACCAAAAAGGCACAACGAAGUUCGAGUUUCACAAAGAACAUUUUUAGAAGGCCCUGGAGUACAAUUAAUCUUGCAUUAACGGUACACACAUCGGUAAACCAGUAUUUACCACAUCUAUCUUUGGUACCUGAUUUGAUGAUUCUACUGAAGACAUAACAUUAGUAAGGAAUAAGUCAGAGACAAAUUGUACAUAAUAGGAGGAAGCAUAUUUAAAGAGAAAAUACAUACCAAUAUGAUAUGUGUAUAGGUUUUGUAUAUUCAGUCAUCUGUUAUCACAUACCAAACUUCAGAACUCCAAAAGGGAGACUCUGCUUUGGUCAGAUGGCUUAGAAUAUGGGAGGAAAAAAAAGACGACAAUUGAAUGGUCACAAUACACAUAAAGAAUGAGAAUAGUGGGAAACAACUAAUAAGAAGUUGACCUUCUUGAUAAAGAAACACUAUGAAAAUGGCAAGCAUGAAAGGACAGGCAAUCAUGGCUUGGAUGGGGAAAACAAAUUACAAUUUUGAAAGAAGAAGAUAACAUUAGGAGUAGUGGGGGACUGAUAGCUUUGUUGGUGGAACUUAUAAUGGGGCUAAGGGAAUCCUUCCAAAAAAUGUCUAUGUAGUAACUACUUUUUCUUUUUCUUUUGCUUUGUGAGUAUUUUUUGGGGUAUUUUAAUAUACCACUUAUUAGAUAAGAGGAUAGAAAAUACGUGUAUAUGCAAUUCUUAUUAGUAAAGUUUAUCUGUAGUAGUUCUUUAAUCUGGAGAAAGGUACUAUCAAAGGAAAUAUUUCAUCGAUUUCGUUGGAUUUCUUUUCAGUUUUUUCUCAA